GGUAGUUAGUUAAUUUGUUAGUUAAAGGAUUUAUGUCAGCCAGAGUCAGUCAGUCAUCGGUGUACGUGCUUAUCGAAUGGUAGACACUUCCUGAUUGAUUAGCAAUGCGUGUAAGCGUAUGUUUUUGUUUUCUAUUUCGAUGUUUUUGGGUUAAUAUCGUUUUGUUAAAUUUUUGACUUAUUUCAAGUGUGUGUGAGUGUGCGUAUGUGUAAUUGUAUACUUGGUGCGAAUGUAAUUUCGCUAUCAAUGAAUUCGGAUAUAAAUUAUCAUUUUAUUUUUGCUGCUUGCGGAAACAUUUAUUUAUUUUGUAUGUUUAUUUGUUUUGUUGCGUGCCCCACAUAAUGCAGAAAAUUCUUCAAAUACGUUAACGUUGAUGAUUUCCACUAAUUAGACACCUUUAUCUGGCAUGCAGGUAGAAAGUGGCUACACGAGGAUUGUAUAAAGUAAAUGAAUUCAAUCGUUUAACCAGCGCCUAUCAGGAACCAACAUUCCCCAAAGAAAUAUCGAUAUCCUUGAUGGGAUGGGGGAAGCGCGGGCGGAAAGGUUGUAUGCUGAUAGGUUCCGAAAAUGGACAAGAAUAGUUAGCUUAUAUGAUAACAGCUACAGUUGUUUGUCGAAUACGCCGGUAAAAAUUAACUAACAGCAAUUUGAUUCAUCUUACCGUGUGCUAUAAUACCGUUCGACUGUUCUGCAGCAGGGGUCGUGUAUGUGCUAUGUUUGUGGAUAUUUUUUCUGGUUUAAAAAAUAUGUGCCAAGGAUGCUUGAUUCGUGGGACAAAAGCAUUCCCAACUUGCAGAAAAAAUCCGUCGGAUAGAAAUUUAACUUCUUUAAUUAUCCUUGAAGUACAGAGGUAUACAGAUGAAUUCCAAUAUCUGAUCAUACCUAAUGAGAUAAAAAAAGGAAAAGAAAACUCCAUCAACUCCAUCACUAAAAACAGCAGCGUCCACAUUUGUAUGCACAAAUCAAACGAAACGAUCAAGCCACGAGUUCAUGUGUUUUUAAGUAUUUUAACACGCCAAAAGAAAUACAACAUUCUCCGUCGAUAAUGCAUGAAAAUACCGCAUGAGAUGAUAAUGAAAAUAAUAAUGCACGGGGAUGCGAAAUUAAAACGAAAACAAUUAAACAAUCACGAACCAUCCAACUCUCACUUGACCUUCCAAUAAUAUUUCGUUGAAAUAUCAUCAAAAAUACUUCUGUAUUGAGCAUACCAUGCGAAAUUAUAGAAAAGUACGUAAGAAAAGGAAAUGAACUUGUCCAAACCAAAACGAAAAGGGGACAAAUAUGUUUCAUCGUCUUCUAUGAAGUGUAUUCCUUCCGUUUUAUCCGCCCGUUUACGAAACUAAAUCAUAGCGCGUGGGAACAAAAAAGGGGAAAAACAGAUGCCACCCAUAAUACACCCUAUACCAUCAGCGAGCCAUCCCCUGGUUGAAUUUAAACUUUUAGAAAUACUGUGUUUGUAAGCAUCCAACUAUGUUCGCACUAUAUAAAAGCGAUAGGUCGAUCGAAAUACUGCUGUCUACGUUGCGUGUAAGACCGAAAUCCAUCCUGGAGAAGGUUAAACACCGACUGCCAAAAACAAAACUAAUAAACGACUAGUCGUUUUAGCGAACAAUAGAACAGCUUCCGGCCUUACCAGAAGAUAAGAACAAUAGUUGGGAACAAUAUGCAAUGCUAACGUUUUUACCCGCGGAGUUGAAUUCCGUGGUUCCUGCGUUACUCGGCGCUCCACUUUUCUUCCACGGAAGCAUAUUCGUUCGCCUCAUAAGCUAAUUUCUCGAGGAACUAUCACGGUGUUACUGUGGCUAAAAUGUGUUGAGUGAAAACGUAACGUGUACGAUAAAAAAAAAUAUUGCAUUACAGAACGAAUCCUUUAUCUUCGAGUCUUUCGAGUUCUUCGACUUACGAUUUGGCAUUAGUUGUGGAAUCGUAUGGGUUUAUCAUACGUAGGGCAAAUAGUGCUUAACACGGCAUUUAUAUUCUGAAGAAAAUUGUUGUGAAAAUUGUGAUAUUUGCUUAGCUUUCAACUGGUCGAAUAUCAAAACACUAUUGAAUGUGCGCAUUGAAUUAGCUCGGAUUUGCUAUUUGUUAAUGAUGGUGCGAACGCUCAGACAAAAAUAAUAGAAUGCGAACAAAGAUAAUAGAAUUUAUUACCAGACUUUGACAAAAAGAACCGUUUUGGCCACUGGAUACUAUUUCAAUCAUAUGGAAACUACCAUGACUUAACUGUUGCAUCAAUCCAUUUUAUGAUUUCCUUUAUUGUUUGGCAAUUGUUUGCGUAGCUUUCAUUGUGCUCCUUCCGAUAUUGUUCAGACGAUAAAAAACGUCAGCCAGGGCGCCAUACAAUUAACCCGUUUAAAGGAACGGCAUAAAUAUAUGUUUCUAUCCAUCGCCGCACAAUUACCUAGUACUGUUAUAGCAAGACUGAUAUGCUGAACCAUGGUUUUCACCUUUGCAAUCAUAUGUGCCUGCCGAUCAUCAGCGCCAUCUUCCACUGGAAGAUGAUAGUGCAUCACUAAGAUUUUGGCCAAUCUCUCACCAUUAAGCUUAUGGUGAAUCUUUUGAGAAGAUUCCAUCGAAAAAUAUCCAGCUUACAUCAAAUGAAUCUGGUGCUCAAUGACUUGUGCUAUGACGCAUAGAGCUUGUGCUAUGACGCAAAAGAAGCUCGUGAUGGAUGUAUUGGAUUUCUACCAUUCCAUGAGCAACAAUCUAUGAUGCUUUCAGGCCGAUGUUAAGGGUUUCGUUCAGUUUUCCUAUGAAUAAAGUUUUCAGUAAAUAAUAUAAGAGCAGGAAACAGAUAAUCAAUAGAAACCGCAUUCUAUUACCAUGAAAAUUGUGUGAUUACCGACUCCUAAACAGCCAAUGUUGCACAGCUUUAGUGAUUUAUUCGAAUAAUGAUUGUGCGUUGGUUUGAAAUGCACCAAUGCAUUCAAUAAGCAGAACCAUUAUCUAGUGCUGAAGUUGAAAACCAUGUUCCCACACCUGUAGCUUCCACUCUUUGGUGAAGAUGUAAUUCAAAGUCUUAAGAAUUAUAGCUCUCCUCUACCAAUCUACCAGAGAGUAUGUACAUAGUUGAAAUUCUUUUCAAAGGGCUUGUAACAACAACGUUUCGAACUUCGAUUAUCUAAAUAUUAAAUAAUAAUUGCAUCUAAUACCCCAAUUUCAUCUUGAACAUCAUUCUAAUGUGCUAGUAACAAAGACAGGAAUUCACUGCUGUGUUUACCAAAGCUAUCAUGUUUUGAUAACACGUAGACUGCUUUCCUAUGGAACUGAAAGUGGAUGUUAGAUUAGUUGUCCAACAUAAAGCAGAAAUUAUAACAUUCAAAUUACCCAACUGCAAUUGUAGAAAAAAAGGUAGCGCAAAUAGCCCAUUAUCACAUGAAAACAAAAGAGAGAUAUUGUACGAUAAACCGCGUUGAAAGCAUAUAUAUUUAUAAUAUAUUUUAAGAUACAACAUCACUAGUUGUAGAACGCGUUGGAACGAACAGUUGAGCUACCAUUCAAAAUUUCACAACUUUUGUUAUGUGUCACAUGUUUCAUGCAAGACUAGCGUUACCGCGCCAAAACCAUAUUUUGCUUGGUUUCCAUCACCUUUAAUAAGUGAGUUAGAUCAUUUAAAAAGGCAUUAAGAAAAUAGGAGCCAGUGUAUAAGAUAAGUUAUUUGAAACCGAAUGGAUCAUAUUUGCUUGUCUUUGAGCUAACCGAAUUCAUGGAUUAAAAAAAUUUCUGUUGGUUACGUUUGCUCGUACCUUUACGGUAACGAAUUCCAAACACUGAUUAGAACACACUUUCAGUAUUUUGUCACUGCAGAUGUUUUCGUAUCCUAUCGAAUCCAUGGCUGAUCCAUCUGAAGCUGCGAAGUUGAAAAUGCCAUGGAACAUAAAAAAAGGCAAUAUCUUAUAAUUAACACGAAUUUAAAAGGAAACUUUCUUGUACUUCCUUCAACGUACAUUCUAUGUACUAUCUGACUUGUACCAAUUUCGCUUAUAUAUUAUAGAUGGCUCUGCUGGUAAAUUGGUUAAAUUUAUAUAAAGAGCAAUAACGUACUGUUGACAUCUUGCUUCUUUUGUGUUUUGAGUUGAGCGGUAUCAUGCUCUAUGUGAUAUUGCUAGAUGUCCGCAAAUGCCUUGCAUGGAACCACUUUUCGGUACAAAGCUAAAAUUCAAUGUAUUUAAAACAAAUUGUUGGCUCAACAAUCCACUACUUUUGUUCUGUUGAUGUGUGUUUACAUGUUUUGUGCUAUCAAAAUGAUGGGUACAUGACUCUAACGCAAACGAAUCAAACGAACGAAAUUCUUCGCGCCAAAAGCAAUCUAGACUGUAGACCGCGAAUGGUUCUUGCUUGUAAAAGCCAACACUGGGACCAAAAAUUGGGCUUAGUUAUAAUUUGUGGUUUUGCUCGAGCAAGGAAAACAGUCUCUUUGAAGAAAUGCUUAUUGCUCAGAUACGUAAUACAAAGAUCCAUUAUACAGCUAAUAAUUAGCGAUUUUGUAAAUUAUUCCAACUCGACAACUGCUUUUAUCUUUUUUUUAUCUUUUUAACAAGCCUCCCAUAAAACGAAUCUUCUUCUUUAAACGUGGACAUUGGCUGCGACGAAUGUUUCGGAUGAGAAAAAUAAAAUUCUAGUUGAAUGUAAUUCCAAAUAUCGAUUGCGUCAGCGUGUCGAUAUGGAAAUUUGAUUCACAAGCAGAAUGUGGAUAUACAAAGAACAAACUUAAGUGUACUUUUCUGGCAACAUUAAAAGUAGGAACAAUAAAUUAUUGGUACAACUCUAAAAAGACACAAUGAAUAUUUGAACAAAAUGCCAUUAGUGCGCAAGGUUUAGGAUACACAAUAUUAAGUUGGAAAAUGUUAAAUCGGACAACUAGCAAAAAUAUGGUGUGGUUUUAAGUUUCGACAAAAUAUCCCAGAAAAUGCAAAGUCAUAAACCGCAAUUGAUUCCUUUUUCUCUGAUUAUGAACAUAAUCUACUCUUGAAAGAUAGAGAUAUUUCCUCUAUAAAUCA